AGUAAAAUACUAAAGAAAAUAAAUACACGAAAAAUGGAAUCAAAUUUUCAUUUAACUAUUAGUACUGAUACCUAGUACUUUGUAACAUUUUACAAUAACUUAAUAAAGCCUAUCAGUUUUAGCGCCACCGUGUGUCAGAAAGCAGAACUAAAUAUUGCUUAACGAAAGGCCUUUAGUACCUACUUGUACCACCCUAGCUCAAGACGCAUGAUCAAUUUUCUGUCUGUCCCUAUCUUUUAUAAAGAUUUCUCACGGUCAGCGAACGACUAUCGAUUUAAAAUAAAUAGGACAAAAGUCCUAAAGCCCUAAAAAUGUGGACUUAGAGCUGACGUUAAAUUUGUGUCGGUGUAAAAACAAAAAUGUUUAGUAAAGCAGUGUUGUGUCUAUCGACCUUACACUUUUAUAGUGUUGCAGCACAAGGAGAAUGCACCGAUUUGAGGGGAAGGCUCAUUACAAAUGGGAUGCACUAUGUUCCAGGCCCUGAUACUUGCACGUUAUGUAUUUGUGACAAUGGCGUGCCCAAAGUGUGUAAGGCUGUUCUGUGUUCACCACCCCAGGAUUGCCGUUCAUUUCGUGUGGGUACAACGUGCUGCGAAUUUAUCUGUCUCGACGAUGUAGUAAAACCCGCGGAGGGUACUGAGGCUAAUGUCCGAGUAGCGGCCGGUGGUACAGCGGCGAUAGUCCUGCUCACUGUAGCAUUUGUCGUCUACAGAGUUAGAAAGCAGAAACGACGUCGACCACCACACACGGAAGAUCAGAGGAGUCUGACGAGUAUUGGCUAUAUAAGCGGCAGUAUGGGCUAUAUGGGCGGGAGCUGCGAGACGGCGCCAAUGGGAGCGUGGAAGCCUCCCUCUAACUACCUGCCGCGAGGUGAAGCUCCGCCGCCCUACGAGGAGGCCAUGGCGCAGUGUCGUUCUGACCCUAUGAGAGUCGGCACGGAGUCGUACCAUCGCACGUACGCGGCGGGCGACGACGUGUGCGCCUCGCACGCCUACAACAUGCCGCGGCCCGUGGCGCAGAUUGCGAAUACACAAAACUGCUACAACGCUCCUCUGCUGCAGUCCGUACAUCCACCUGAAGUGAGAGACGCAUCUAUCAUCCCUCAUCCAUUGGCUCCAAGCAUGGGCGCAGUGGGGGGCGGCGCGCGGCUCACGGGCUCGCUGGGCGCCAUCAGCGCGCGCCUCAGCGUGCCGCGCGACGACCACGAGCGGCCGCACAACGUGCCCGGCUUCUACGCCACGCACGCCGCCCUGCACCGAACGAUCCCGCGCAUCUCGACGGCGGUGGACACGUCGACGCUGGAGGCGAUGGGCUUCACGCGCGCGGACCGCUCGCUGGCGGGCGAGGUGCGGCGCUCCUUCCACCGGCCCGGCGAGCGCAUCGAGCGCGUGCACUCGGGCCGCAGCGUGCCGCGCAACCUCAACAUCGCGUCCGCGCCCGACGCGCCGCUCGCUUCGCACGCGCCGCUCGCCUCGCACGCGCCGCUCGCCUCGCACGCGCCGCUCGCCUCGCACGCGCCGCUCGCCUCGCACGUGACCCUCGCCUCGCACGCGACUCUCGCCUCGCACGCGACACUCGCCUCGCAUGCGUCCCUCUCCUCGCACGCGUCCCUCGCGCCGCACGUCCCACACGCGCUCGCAGCGGAGUCCGACGACAACGCGACGAGUCCAUCGUCAGUGCGCACUGUGGGCAGACCGCGCGCACACAGCGAAGAACAGGAAGCUAAGCCCAAGCAACCCGAGGCGCCCCCCACUCUUCCUCUCACCGUAGACAAGCCUUCGUGCGUGUGCAGCUACGAGAGCAGCGCACGCGCAGAGGACGCGGACGACUACCGCAGCGAGUGCGAGAACUGCCAUUCUACCAAUAACAAUUCAGGUUGGGAGGAGGGCGGAGGAGCAGAGGGUGCGGGGUGGGGCGGCACGCAGACGCUGCAGCGCCGCGCGCCCCCGCCGCCCGCGCCGCCCCCCGCCACCGCCACGCUGCCGCAGCCCGUCACCCGCCACGGUCGAACCACGAUGGGCAAUCCAUUGAACCGGGAGAACUGGUUCAACACGAUACCUGAUUCUGAUACAGAAUCUGAAGAAGAAUGAAACGAAAUGAACCGAUGUAUGGACAUCGACCGAGAAACAGCCCUUUAAUGUAGUGACUAGCAAUUAUCGAACUGUCAUAUAUAAUUUUUGUUAUUUACACCGGCGCUAUACGAGUGCAACCAUUCGUGCAAAUAUUUUAAUAACUAUAUCUGAAUCUCUUUAUCUAUUGACAAGCAACGGAGACGUUUCGAUGUGUAAACCUCCUAAUUGUAGACGUUUUUCAAAUGUGUGGCGCCGGCGUUUAUAUUUUUUCAUUAUAUUUUUUUGUUAUUCAGUAAUUUAUUUGUUAAACUUUUAGAUUGAUUGCAUCGGUGUAGGUGUAUUUUGCUUUAAAAAAAGAACAAAUUGUUUUAGUAAAACUAUUAUUUAUUCUGUAUUCUCGUUUUGACAAAAGAUAAAAAUGAUAAUUAUUCUGUUGCAUUACAUUGCAUGUGGUUGUGAGAAAAUAUGUUUGCGUUAAUAUUUCUUGAAAAGUACUUCUCUACAUACAUUAUGUAAUACACUAGCGCCCGAUCGAGUUAUUCUUUUUAAUUUUGAAGUGCAAGGAUAAUUAUUUUAGAAACAAACGUAUUUUCUUCAUUUUGAAAAAAUAUUAUUUAAGGAUAGGUUACAAUACAUGACAUUCCCUAAAGUUAAAAAAAAUGACAAUUUUCAACUCGCCUUAGUGACGAAGGUUCUGUAUAGUCCGGUCGUUAAGAGAAUGCGUUCAAAACGUCUGUCAGUUGCUCAUGACACACUACAAAAAAACAGAUGUAAACAAAUUGAUAUAACCUUGUACAAGCGCUGUAUUUAUUUAAAAUUAAAUUUAGCGCUAAAUAAUGGCAUUGAUUGUAAGUUAACGUAAUAAUAUAGUUUACGAUAAUUAUAUAAGUUUAUGAACGAUUAUAUUUUUCACGUUAAUUCUUCGCCAUUACAAAGUUAUAUCGUUUAUCCGAUAUCGUCCAUUCGGUCGCGGAGCCGUCAGAAAGCCAUUCUAUUAACGGUCGGACAUUACCUAUCAUAUUAUAUUAAAAGUCGUGAAUAAAAGGUUACUAUUUUGUGUAAUGGUGACUCUGAAGAAUUGCAAACACAUUGACAUCAAGACAUUUCCGUAUAUAUUAAUUAAACAUCACAAUCGUUUGAUAUUUUUUGCACAAGAUGGUUUAACUAUUUAUAAGUUAGUAUAAAAUUAUUUAGCUCUUUUGAGUGACAUAAUCUUACCAAAGAUUUUUUUUGUUUUGUUUUAAAAACGCUUUGUGUCAUAUUUGUAUGUAUUUGAGGUUAAAUAUUACGUUUAUAAUCGUAUUUGUUAACGAACAUGAAUGCAAGUUACACACCAGGACACCAGGAACUAAAAGGUUUUAUAAGAAGUACUAUUAAAAAUAUAAACCAUUUAAUAAUUUCUAUGAUGAAGCCAAAGUUACACAUUCAGUGUGAAUAUUUUGCUGUUAGUUUGUAUAUUAUUUAUUUUGAUGUGAUCCUAUGUUGUAUUACGUACCAUGACAAUACAAUAAUGAAUGUUAGAUAAACGUAGAUAUUUUUAGUUUAUCAUGGAUUAUUCUAUAUAAAGGGUCGUGGACUCUCUUUUUUUUUAAUUUUUUGGCUGAUUUGAAAGCCAUAUUCACUUUACAAUAACAUAUUGUUUUUUUGCCAAGUAUAACUUGGCGAAUCGCUUAUUUACUUGAAAUAAUCACGGUUACUUAAUUAUUUGUUGUUAUUUAUUUAGGUUUAUCAUAUUUUUAUUUACCAAAGAUGGUUUUUUUGAAUUUAUUAUUUUUUGUUUAAAUUAUUUUAAUUCGUUUUUUUUAUGACAUUAAAUGUUAGAUUCUUUAAGUCAAAUAUAUUAUUACACUUUUUAGAUGUAAUAUAAAUGUCGACAAAAUUAAGUGU